AUGUCUGACGAAAAGCCCCUCUCCGUCAUUGCCUCGCUCUCGAGAGCUCUGCACCGUAUCCGCUCGACGCCACCGCGUGUCAUUGCGUCGCCCCGCACCCAACCUCGCAGAGCAGCGGUAGCACUCAUCAUUCGAAUCGUACCCGCCCCGAAUGCUACCCUUCCGCCCCCUUCCACCUCCCAGCCUACCAUCACCGAAUUCUUCGAUCUCGACUGGGUAAAGGACCCCAAUGCGAGGCCCGAGAUCCUCUUUGUCCGCCGCGAUAGCGCAGUUGCCGAAGUUGCGUCCCUGGAUAAUGGCAGGCCGCGCAAUACGCGCGAAGCACAUGUUGCCUUCCCGGGUGGUCGCACAGAAAAGGACGACGAAGGCGGUCUAUACACCGCUAUGCGCCAAACAUGGGAAGAGAUCGGCAUUGACCUCGCGGAGCGCGAGUACACUUGCAUUGGGCAGCUCGACGACCGUGAAAUCACUACCUCCCUUGGCAAGCGCCUCCUCAUGAUUCUCUCCCCCUACGUCUUCCUCCAGCUCUGCCCUCAAUCACCCACCGCCGACCCCGCCGAAGGCACUACCCUACACUGGACACCUCUUGCCUCUGUCGUCGCUCCGCCGAAAUGGUCCUACGUGACCGUCGACGCCGCCUCGCGUAUGGCGCCCAAACAUUCCGUCGCCCUGCGCCUUCUCGUGCAAGUUCUCGUCGGCAGCAUGCAGUUCCCCGCCAUCGUCAUCGAGCCCUCAUCCACCGAACCCUCACCCGCACCAGUCAGCGACGUCAGCAAACUGGAGAAGGGAGCGACGCACGGUGGGCGGCGUCAGACGCUCAAGUUGUGGGGCCUGUCGCUCGGCAUGACGCUCGACCUGCUAUCGUACAUGAUACCGGCAGAGCCCGACUUGCAAUCGGGUAGGCGGUCAGGCUACUCGACGCCUGCACCUCUGUCCCCGCUGCAGCUGCCCUACCGCGCCGGCGACGAGCUCAGGAUAGAAGACCUUGCUCCUAGUCUCGCGAGCAUCUUCCCCAAGUUCUCAUACCCGGAUGUCAACUUCUGGAUCUGGGUCUUCGGCCGCCGCUACCGCGAAGUCGUCCGCGGCUGGGAGGCCAGCGUCCGCUCUGGCGGGUCCAACGACCGCAGAAUAAACUGGUCCGGCUCAGCUCUCAGUACGUACUACGCCGCGGUCCGGAAGGCGCUCGUUGUCGUGAUCGUGGCGCGAGCCUUGGGCAUCCUGUUUGGCCUGCUGUUUGCAGGGUGGUGGGUAUUUGCAUAG